CAGAAGUUUGAAGCCGAUCCCCGAGGCACCAACCUGAUGUUUGCCUUCUUCGCCCAGCAUUUCACCCACCAGUUCUUCAAGACGUCCGGGAAGAUGGGACGCGGCUUCACCAAGGCGCUGGGACACGGGGUGGACCUCGGGCACUUGUACGGGGACAACCUGCAGCGGCAGCACCAACGGGGGCUCUUCAGAGACGGGAAGCUGAAAUUCCAGGUGGUGGAUGGAGAGGUGUACCCCCCCACGGUCACCGAAGCUCUGGUCCACAUGGUCUACCCGUCCACCACCCCCAAGGAGAAGCAGCUGGCGAUGGGGCAGGAGGUGUUUGGGCUGCUGCCGGGGCUCUGCGUGUACGCUACGCUCUGGCUGCGUGAGCACAACCGCGUCUGCGACAUAUUGAAACGGGAGCAUCCCACCUGGAACGACGAGCAGCUCUUCCAGACGGCUCGUCUCAUCCUUAUUGGGGAGACCAUUAAGAUCGUCAUUGAAGAAUACGUCCAGCAUCUCAGCGGAUACUUCCUCAGCCUCAAGUUUGAUCCCGAGCUGCUGUUUGGGACGCAGUUCCAGUACCGGAAUCGCAUCGCGGUGGAGUUCAACCAGCUCUAUCACUGGCAUGGGUUGAUGCCCGACUCCUUCGUCAUCCAGGGGGAAGAGUACAGCUACGAGCAGUUCCUCUACAACACCUCCAUGCUCAUGGACUAUGGCGUGGAGGCACUGGUGGAGUCCUUUUCCAAGCAGACUGCAGGAAGGAUCGGUGGGGGACAAACCAUCAGUGCUAACGUCUUGGAAGUGGCCAUUGGGGUCAUCAAGGAAUCCCGGCAGCUGAGGCUACAGCCGCUCAAUGAGUAUCGAAGGAAGCCCUACAAGUCCUUUCAGGAGCUAACAGGAGAGGAAGAGAAGGCGGCAGAGCUGGAAGAGCUCUAUGGAGACAUUGACGCUCUGGAGUUUUAUGUGGGCUUGCUGCUUGAGAAACUCCAACCCAAUGGCAUUUUAGGAGAAAGCAUGGUGGAGAUAGGAGCUCCGUUUUCCCUCAAGGGGCUUCUUGGAAACCCCAUCUGCUCUCCAGAGUACUGGAAACCCAGUACAUUUGGCGGAGCAACUGGCUUUGAGAUAGUUAAGACAGCAUCGCUCGAGAAACUCGUGUGCCUCAACGUGAAGAAGUGCCCAUACGUGGCGUUUCAUGUGCCAGACGCUGUGGAAAAUGGCAGCCCUAGGGGUAGUGGAUCAUCUACUGAGCUCUAG